AUGCAAGCGCAAGAACCGUCAGCAGACCAAGCGAAGGAAGGUGCCGGCAGUGAAGGCGUCGCCGGAGGGGCUUCAGAGGAGGAGGACAAGAUGGUAAAGGAGGACUCGGGAAGUAUCAAGGAAGCAAACGCAACGUCUGCGAGCGGGGAAGACGAUGAUGUCCCUCCAGACCUGCCGGCUGAGAUGAAAUCAGAAACGGGGGAAGGGGACGGGACAGGAGGGGAGGAGAGCGUGGACACGGAGACAAGGAUGCGAGAGCUGGAGGAAGAGAACGAGGAGCUGAGAAGAAGAAACGAAGAGCUGGAAGACGAGGUACAGAACUUGAAGGGAGGUCUCUCGUCGGAGUACGAGGAUGCUCUGAGGUCCAAGGACGUCCUGAUUGAAUCGUUGCAAGCGGAGAUAAGGAGGAUGGAGGAGGAGCUGGAGGAGCAGCUGCAGUUGAGCAGCAACGUGGAGGCCGGCGAGCAGUCAGACGAGGGAGGAGAGAUCCCCUAUGACGUGCUCGACAGGUUGGAUCAGGAGCUUGCGAAAGCCAGGGAUGCCCUGCUGCAGAAAGAUCUUGAGAUCGAGAACUUGAAGCAGGCCGGCGGUGCCAGUCGCGUUGAGGAUGCUGCUGCAGCUCGGUGGAAGGAGUCCUCGCUGAUGGCGCAGGCAGAGGUCCAGAGGUACAAAGCCGACCUGGACAACAAGGAGCGGGAAGUGGAGGAGGAGAGGAGGAUGAGGCGUGAGAUCGAGUCGCGCUUCGAGGAGAAGCUCAAGCUGAAGAUGAGGGAGGCAGAGUCCCUUGCGGAGGAGGUGGCGAGGCUGCGCAAGUCAGGAGAGCAGCUGACGUCUGUGCUGAUGGAGCUCGAGAACGUGAAGAUGGAGGCGAGGCAGAAGCUCGAGCACAAGAACCGCGAGAUCAGCCGCCUGCAGAACUCGCUGCAGGAGACGCAAGCGCACAGGCAGAGGGCGGAGAGCCGGGUGCAGGCGAUGCAGACGGACAUGGAGCAGUGGCAGAUCAAGUUGAAGAACGCGGAGGAGGUGAGGUGGAUGGCCGGGAUGAACCUGGCGAAGGCCAAGGCGGAGAUGGACUGGAGGCAGAAGGCGGACCAGGAGAAGGAUUUCUAUAUGGAGAGGCUGAAGGAGGAGCUGGAGAGGGUGAAGAGCAAGCUGAUGAGGACAGAGAUGAGGAAGUUGAAGGUGGAGGAGAGUCUGGACGAGGCGCUGAUGGAGCUGAGGAGCAAGAAGAGAGAGAUGGAGCAGAUGAAGGCCAGGAUCGAUGGGGUGAUGCGGAUGAUGCCGAUCAAGAACGAGCCGAUGCUCUGA